AUGGAUGUAGUUAGAGAAGAACAAGCUGCCUUCAGAGAGGAGAUGGACUCUGUCAAAAGCAAGAUCGAGCAGAUCUUCGAGGCUAUACAAGCUCUGGCUAGAAGGGAAGAAGAGGCCCGUGUUGCCACUGCUGCAAGGAACGAUGCUCUAGUUCAAGGGGUUGCUCUUCAGUCAGGACCUUCAGUUCCUAUUCCAAAUCCCGUUAUAUGCGGUCUUCCUCCAGGUUUUGUUCCACCGCCUGAAAGAACUCAUGUGCCUCCACCUGCGCAUACUUCUGAAGUAGCUGAUGGAGUCGCUACGCAAGGACCUCCGAUAGUCAAUCAAGUAUUUGUUCCCCGCACUGAUGAGGAGCUCCAGGACGAGUUUGAAAUGCAGAAUUACAAUGGAGCUACUCCAAUGGUCAUCCCUACUGCUGCCCAAGAUUCUGAGGCUAUCUUGAUGUGUCGUGCUCUGGCCGAAAAGCUAAGAAUCUUGGAAGGACAUAACUCAACCCGAUUGAGUGCCUUGGAGAUGUGUCUGGUCCCAGACGUGGGAGGUUCCAGCAGUCAACCAAUCUUGAAGAAGCCUUUCAACGGAUUCAAGAGGAAGGAGGGUGAGACUAGUGUCAUUUCUUCUCAGAGGGGGAGGGUACCAUACAAGGCUCCUGCUUCUGUGCCUUAUUAUCAGUACCCUUACGUAGCGGCUGCUCAUUAUCCAACCAUGCCUUACCGUCCAAUUGCUCCUGUUCUUAUUCCAGCUCCGGUACCUCACUAUCAAGUUCCAGUUCCUCAAUAUCAAGCUCCACAACCUCAGUUCCAGGCUCCUCCACCUCAACAUCAACAGAGAAAUCAACAGAAUAAUCAACCACGUCCAGUUCAGCAGCAACGACCAAAUCAACAGAGGCCAUAUCAACAGUACAAUAAUGGUCAUACAACAGAGAAUUGCAAGGUGUUCAAACUACGGGUUCAAGAGUUGAUAGAUCAGAAAAUAUUGUCUUUUGCUGAUGUUCCAAAUGUGGGGAACAAUCCUUUGCCUAAACAUGAUAGUUCAGGUGUCAAUGCUAUAGAAAGUUCAACUGAUGAUGGAUUGAUAAAGGAUGUGUUCAAGUUGAAGACUCUUUUAACUGUGGUCCAUGCUAGAUUGAUGGAAGCAGAAUUGAUGAAUGGACGAGUUAUUCAAUUCACUAGAGAAAAGAUUGAUGAGGAUGUUGAUGUGAUUGUGCCUGUGUUUGAUCAGGAGAGGCUUCCCAAGCCUUUUGUGGUCCCUUAUCAGAGAAAUGUUAACCUAGAGCCAACGAAGAAGAUUGAGCCCAUGGUUAUUUAUGUUCCCGCUCCAUUCUCAUUUGACAGUACCAAAGCAGUGCCUUGGAACUAUGAGCAUGUAGUUUAUAUGGGUAACAAACCAGUAAUCUUGAAAGAGCCAGAUGUGACUAACAUCGUUGGAGCUAGUGGUGUGACUCGAAGUAAAAGGGUUUUCUCUCCUGAAGUGAUCCCAAAUAAAGAAAGUGCACUAACAAUUGAAUCAACGAAGGGGAAAGAGGUGAAUCCUCCAGAAGCAGGAGAAGGCUCAUCUAAGAAAGCAGUGACUGCUGAAGAGGAUAGAGAAUUCUUGAAGAUCAUCAAGAAGAGUGACUACAAGGUCGUAGAUCAGAUCAACCAAACUCCUUCAAAAAUCUACAUUCUUUCUUUACUUAUGAGUUCCGAGGCUCAUAGGACUGCUCUAUUGAAGUUCUUGAAUGAAGCUUAUGUGACAGAAGACAUCAGUGUUAUUCAGUUUGAUAAUGUGGUUGCUAAUCUUAAUGCUAGUAGUUGUUUGAUGUUCACUGAUGAUGAUUUACCCCCUAAUGGGAGAGAACAUAAUAUGGCGCUUCAUAUCUCCAUUCAGUGCACAAAUGUCACUUUGGCUCAAGUAGUGGUAGACACAGGUUCAUCCUUGAACGUGUUACCUAAGACUACCUUGGCACAAUUGAAUAUUGAAGGGGUGCAGAUGAGACCCAGUGCUUUGAUAGUGAAAGCUUUUGAUGGGCCUGCCUAUAGCUGUCUGUUAGGUAGACCUUAG